UGUCCAUCAGUAGCGAAACAUGUGGAGUCCAAUACUGAUUGCCCUAUUCUUCUUGGCCAGCAGCAGCCAGGCCCGUCUGCUGCCCAUCCAAAAUGAGCUGCUCUGGUCGGCGGAUAUGAUCGAGUUGCCCCUCGAGGCGGAUCUCAAUGAUUUGUCCAUCUCGAGAGCUGCUGGCUGCUCCAUUAAGAUUAGAAGCACAGAAAUGAAGAAUCCUCAGCCACUGUUGAUUAAGCCUGGCACCUCAGAGUUCUAUCCAUUCUCGGCUACCGGCUUUGUGGAUGUUGAUCACGACAAGACCAUUGAGUUCGCCUGCACCAGCAGCUUGGCCGCUCCCCUUUCGGGUAAAUCCGUAACCGCCAAGUGUGUGGGUGGCUCGAGAUUCAAAGUGGGCGAUAAGGAGCACGACAUCUCGGACAUUAAGUGCUCUUCCUGGCCAGCUUUCGUCGGCAAGAAGUCCGGCAAGAGUUGCAAUGGUGGUACCACCCUCAUCAAUGUGGGCUUUGAACUCAGCGGUUCCCGGUUUGCCAAGCAGUACGAGGUGUGCUUCAAUGAGCACGAGGAAGUCACCCGUUAUGUCUAUCACACUCUGGAUGCAGGCAGCAAUUACUAUGCCACUGGUGUGGAUCGCAUCAACUUUGCUCCCGGCGGAUUCUUUGCUGGCAAAAAUGUGGACAAACUGUACACGCAGGCGGUGCAGAAGGAAACCAUCGACAAGGCCUUAGGCAUGGAUUCCUCUCGCUACUUUGACUCCCCCAAGAAUGUGUUCCUGGCCCGUGGUCACAUGGGUGCCAAGGCGGAUUUCGUCUAUCCUCCGGAGCAACGUGCCACCUUCCUGUUCAUCAAUGCGGCUCCUCAAUGGCAGACCUUCAAUGCCGGCAACUGGGCACGUGUCGAGGAUGGAGUGAGGGCCUGGGCAUCGAAGAAUAAGAAACAUGUGGAUUGCUGGACUGGCGUCUGGGGUGUCACCACCUUGCCCAACAAGGAUGGCAGGCAGACCGGCUUGUACUUGGCCUAUGAUCAUAAUGGCAAUGGCCUGAUCCCAGUUCCCAAACUCUACUUCCGUGUGGUCAUAGAUCCCUCCACCAAAAAGGGUAUUGUCUUUGUCGGUGUGAACAAUCCCCAUCUGAGUCUUGCUGAGAUCAAACGCGACUAUAUUCUCUGUGACGAUGUCAGCGAUAAGAUCAACUGGAUCAGCUGGAAGCGCACAGACAUCACUGCCGGAUACUCCUAUGCCUGCUCGGUGCCCGAGUUCCGCAAGAAGGUGACCCACUUGCCAGAGUUCUCCGUCAGCGGAUUGUUGGUCUAGGUGCAUUUAAGUUUAAUUUAAGAUUGAAUGUUUAAAUGAAUUUUACAAAAACUUUUCAAUUGUUUGAUAAGAUUGAAAUAUGUUGAAUAAAACAAUUAAAAAUGCUAUAA